AUGUGAGUACUAUAUAUACAAAAGGUUCUCUCGUGAUUGCUUCUAGUGCUAUCAAGACAAGUAUGUAAAUGAUUUUGAUGCAUAUUACUAGUACUCGAGCUGUUCUGUCUUCUACCACUUAGAGAGUUCGAAUUGAAUGCCACCUUUAUAGAGGGAAAAAGAUCGAAAGCUUCGUAUUUUGCUUGAGAUCAGUUUGAAAAGCGGACUUUAUGGAAACACGCGAGAUAUCGUGCUCUCUAUUUUCUUCGCAUGUAAUUUAAUUUUUUCGAACUUUAUUUGCGUACUACAGUGAAGAAUACCACCCGUCUACAGACAAUAGAGUCUUAGAACUAGUGGCGUAGUCACCGCGUGGGCUAAACCCACUAUUACGCUUAUAUUACAAAUUAUUAUAAAGAGAAAGCAAGCCAUGGUAAAAUAUUCUAAAGAAAAAUAUAAGAAAAAACGUCACCGUCAUCGUCAUGACAAAAAAGAUGGUGGUCGUCGUUCGAAAUCACGAGAAUCUCGUUCAUCAUUUCAAUCGAAUAUUGUGAGAGGAAUCGUAAACGAAUAUCAACUGGUGAAAAACUAUGGCACAAAUUGAAAAUGGAAGAUAAAAAUUACGUUUAGAAAAAAAGAAAUAACGUCAAUUAGUGAAAACUAUUGAAAGACCGCAAGAAAAACGUCUGAGACGUUUAGCAAAAAGAACGACGACGAAAAUCAGAAUUAGGUUGGAGUGAAGAACACAUGGAUAUGAAUAAUACAAAUAAUCCAUUUGUGAUGAUAAAUUAUUAGAAAAUUUUGUUUGGUAAAGAAAUUGGAGUACAAAUUUACCAGUUUCUCAAUUAAACAAUAUAACAAAACAAAGAGUAGAAGAAAACAAAUCUGAACUCGAGAAACUGAAACGUCGACGUUUAGAACGUGAACAUCAGAAAGAAGAAAUGGCAAAGAAAAAGAAUUUUUACAACGUUUGAAAGAAGCCGACUAUUAUCGUGAAUGGUGGGAAAAUGAAGAAGAUUUGUUUCACUUCAAUCAACUUAAAUUACGAUCAAAUAUUCGUAUUUUCGAUGGUCGUCCAAAAUUCAUUGAUGUAUUAGCAUGGCACAUAUCCGUAGACGAUGGCAAAGAUUUAUCAGCUAAAAUACAUGAACCAUCGACCUAUCUUAAUGGUUUAAGUAUUCGUGAUUUAGAAAAUUUAUUGGCAGAUAUACGAGUUUAUACUAAAUUAGACAUUCAAUCACAACGUCAAUAUGAUAAACAAUAUUGGUUUCAUAUUACAAUAGUGACAGAAGAUGAAUUAAAAAAAUUAAAAAAUAAUCUAUUAAAUGAUGUUGGUGAUCGACAAGAGGGAAUUAAUUAG